AUGUUAUACAUAUGCUCCCAGUUUUUCCUGACUCUGAGGCAUGAAGCUUCGCCUCAGCGGCUACAGCGCCCGAUCGGAGUGCUUCUUCGAGCGAGCAGCUCGGACUCCAAGAAGACGGAGCAGCAGACCACAGCGUCUCCGCAGCACCACUUCCGCGAUCUCUAUGAGGGGUCCGCCCGGCAGAUGCACACGCAGAUGGAAAGGCUGGCCAAGAUGACCCGGAACGUGCAGCUCUCCUACCGCGUGAUGAUGGCCGGCGGCGGCGCCGUGGCCGUCGGCAUCGGCUACGUUGUCAUCAACUGGACCAUUCUUCGCUCACAUGUCUCCCAGGAGUCAGCAGAGGUGGUGUCCCAGACAAUGAGGGACGCGCAGGUACAGUUCACUGCUCGGGAAUUCUCGAAGGAGCUGCUCAACCAGUUGCUGCACGACGAAGAAAUCGCCACGACUGUAGCGUCCUGGACUUUGCGCCUUCUGGCCUCCAUACAGGAGGAAAUUGGAGCGUUGUUUGUCCGCAUCCUUCAGCAGGACCAGGUUGUGGACGAAGUGAACCGGCUAGCAGACAAGCUCGUGGCUUACCUCUGUGCAAGCCAGCAGAUACAGGACUGGAUGUGCUUUCAUAUCAGAGUCUCCUCGUCCCAGUCUAGCGACAGCAGACGCGGCGCUCAGCACGUGAAGCUUCAGCUUAGUGCCCGAGAAGCGUGGAUUCGUGGAUAG